AUUCUGUUUGUUACUAGUUUCCUUAGACCCAUGGGAAACGCCGCGAGCAAUGGUACCAGAAACGGCGGUGGUCGGAGUAACUCCGGCCAUCACCAGUCCAAUCCCUUCGGCCCCUUGCCUUCCCCGCCACAGCCGACUGAGGCGUCUUCCAAUCUCCAUGCGUUCGCCGCGACGACGCCUUAUCCGCCACAAUACCCUAAUCUAAACCCCCCGCAGUACUAUCCUUCCGGGUACCACCCGCCUCCACCACUGGCGACGCCGGUGCCUUCAUAUCAGUACCACCGUGUCAUCGGUGGACCUCAUGGAGAGUACUCUGUUCGUCAAUCGGGGUGGAUGGGUCGCGGGAGGUAUCCGCCUGAUGGCCCUCUGGCUGUUCCGUCUUCGAAUUUCGAACAUCAGAAUACCGUAGCAAUCAGGAACUUUGUUGAUAUUAAGAAAGAGACUCUCGGUGUUGAGCCCGAUGAGGAAAAUCCAGGCCGAUUCCUCGUUUCCUUCUUCUUCGAUGCGACCGUCGCAGGAAGCAUCACUAUUAUCUUCUUUGCAAAAGAAGGUGCUGAAUGUAGCCUAACGGCAACGAAGGAGGACUUGCUCCAACCAGUCACAGUUUCCUUUAAGGAAAGUUCUGGUCAGAAGUUCAGGCAAUCAUCUGGCACAGGUAUCAACUUCUCAAUGUUUGAUGAGGCCGAGUUGAUGAAAGAGGGAGAAGAGGGUAUAUAUCCUCUUGCUAUAAAAGCAGAAGCUUGCCCAUCAAACUAUCAAGGUCUGGUUGGUGAGGAUCAGAAACUUGAAACUCCACAAUCACAGAUCACACAGGCUCUUUUCAAGAGGAAAGGGCAUGGUGACUAUCAUAUUCUCGUGGUGAAGCAGAUAUUGCUGGUGAACCAAACCAAAUAUGAGCUGCAGGACAUUUAUGGCAUAGGAAACUCUGUUGACAACGCUGUUGAUGGGAAUGAACCAGGAAAAGAAUGUGUGAUUUGUCUUUCUGAGCCACGCCAGAUCACUGUCCUCCCUUGCAGACACAUGUGCAUGUGCCAUGAAUGUGCAAAGAUUGUUCAGUUCCAUACGAAUAGAUGCCCAAUCUGCAGGCAGCCAGUGGGGCGGCUGCUGGAGAUCCAGAUCGAUAAUGGAGCUGAGCAGCAACAUCAAUCACAAGACAUUUCCUAGGGUGGGAUGCAUGAAUUGAAUCAUACUCUAUUGCUUCUUUGACUCAAAGCUGUGUUAAAAGGAUUGUACUUCCUGCCGUCUACAGAUCGCAGAUUGAAUAUUUCUGCUAUGACCCCAAUAUGUGAACAAAAUCAUUUUGCUUGUCUUUCUACCAUUGGAUCUAAUAUAUCUACUGAUGCAUUUCCAAAA